UUGCCGUGAACAGAAAAGCACACACACCAACAAAACUGAUCCGCGCGGUAUUAGCGGAAUAACGUCGUCGAUAUUAAAUACCUUAUAUUUCAGCAGUUUUGUAUAUUUGUUGAGAUACAUACUCCUGUUUGCAUAAAUAUCCGCUUACGUCUUAUCAAUCGCGCAUGUACGUAAAAAUUUUAUACUGACUUGCGAGGAUCCCCAACUUGCAAGGCCAUCAAACUGACUGGCGUAUGCAGUACUAUUUAAAAUUGUGGCGGCAAAAUUGGAAUUGUCACAUCUCUAUCAACUGAUUGUUUAGACCUUUGGUGUUAAUAUCGCCGUGUGUCUGUACGCGGUACUGUUGUACUAGCAUCGCAUUGAUCGUUCUUAUUGUUAAAUAUAAUUUUCCUUGAAGACAUAAGAAUCCAGUACUAUGGGGGAAUUAAUCGACCAUCAAAAGCAGACGUCGCUGGACUCACUAUCACAGGAGCUGCAAAAGUUACUGCAGACCUCACCCAGCGGAAAGGCUAGUGCUUUCGAGACUGAUUUUGUGGGUUUUGAGCGCCUGUUCCGACGUUUUCUCCUCGAAUCCGGCAACGCUAUCCAGUGGACGAAAAUCGACAAGCUUCCGGAUAAUGCCGUGAUUGGCUAUGAUGACUUACGCAAGCCGGAGGAUCUGAAUGUGAUUGCCGAUAUGCUCAACAAACUGGUAGUGGUUAAACUGAAUGGUGGCCUGGGCACCAGUAUGGGAUGCACCGGACCGAAAAGUCUGAUCCAAGUUCGCAAUGAUCUAACGUUCCUGGAUUUGACCGUGCACCAGAUUGAACAACUGAACUUGACUUAUGGAUCGGAUGUGCCGCUGGUGUUGAUGAAUUCAUUCAACACCAACGAUGAUACGGCCAAAGUGCUGCACAAAUACAAAUCACGGAAAGUGCGAAUUCUGACAUUCGAACAGAGCCGCUUUCCCCGGAUCGACAGAGAAACCCACAUGCCCGUUGCCAAAAAUCUUAACUCUGCCGCCAAUGAUGUGUGGUAUCCUCCUGGUCAUGGUGAUUUUUACCAGGCAAUUUAUAAUUCUGGAUUACUGGACAAGUUUAUUAGCGAAGGCCGCGAAUAUUGUUUCAUGUCAAAUAUUGACAACUUGGGUGCAACUGUUGAUUUGAAUAUACUAAACUUCCUACUGCAGUCUUCCCAAUCGGGCGGUACCCAUGAGUUUGUCAUGGAAGUGACUGAUAAAACACGGGCCGACGUGAAGGGAGGCACUUUGAUAAUGUAUGAAAAAAAGCUUCGUCUUCUGGAAAUUGCUCAAGUACCAAAAGACCACGUGGAUGAAUUCAAGAGUAUUUCUAAAUUCAAGAUAUUCAACACCAACAAUUUAUGGGUGAACCUGAACGCCAUUCAUCGUCUAAUCAAAAGCAAAUCCAUGCCGUUAGAAGUGAUUGUCAAUCAUAAAUCAUUAGAUAACGGCCACAAUGUGAUCCAACUGGAAACCGCGUGUGGUGAUGCUGUACGGAAUUUCAAUGGUGCCAUCGGCAUCAACGUACCACGGCGUCGAUUUUUGCCGGUUAAAAAAUGUGACGAUUUGUUACUGGUCAUGAGCAACUUGUAUAAAAUUCAUGAUGGCACUUUGACCAUGAAUUCCUUGCGGCAGUUUCCUUCCGUGCCGUUGAUCAAGUUGGGCGAUCAGCAUUUUAGUAAGGUGCGGGAUUUCCUGCGGCGUUUCGCUUCCAUUCCAGAUAUGAUAGACUUGGACCACUUGACGGUGUCGGGAGAUGUGACCUUUGGAAAAGGCGUAGUUUUAAAGGGCACCGUUAUCAUCAUUGCUAACCACGGCGAUCGCAUCGAUAUUCCAGCCGGCUCACUCCUCGAAAACAAGAUUGUGUCAGGCAACUUAAGAAUUAUGGACCAUUAAACCCUGGGACAGCAGAUAAAAAGCAAUUGGCCGACAUGUCUGUGUGUUCGUAUAAAUCGUAACUGCGCUGUUGUUGGAAAUUGAUGCAGUUUGAUGCCACUAGAUGUAUUCCCGCUGCGCAUGCGUGGAGUAUCCAUUUCUAUUUAUUUAAAUGAAUUCCUAGAGCAAUAUGUACACUAAAAAUUUUGGGAACCAAAUUGUUGCACUGGUCCUUUCUUUGGUGUAUUAGUCGUUCUAGAAUGUAAGCGAUCGCGAGCACCGAGCAACUAUAAUUUUAACCUCCCGGGGCUACAUCCUUCGAAUAUAUACAGUAAUUCGGUAGUUCGAACGAAAGUCAC